CGGAGAGGCUGGGAGAACUAGAGACCCGAGGAGUUUAAAAAAAACUGGUAUUCAUGAGUUGGGAUUACAUAAAAACUACACCAUGUCAAGAAAGACUAAAAGAUCCACUGGAAAUGUUUCAUUCUGGGCACCUGGUAAAAAUAUGCGCCCCUAUGGUUCGUUAUUCAAAAUUGGCUUUCAGAACACUAGUGAGGAAAUACAACUGUGAUCUGUGUUACACUCCAAUGAUAGUUGCUGCUGAUUUUGUCCGAUCUAUAAAAGCCAGAGAUAGUGAAUUCACCACAAACAAAGGUGAUUGCCCGCUGAUUGUUCAGUUUGCUGCUAAUGAUGCACAACUUUUAUCGGAUGCUGCCCAAAUAGUCUGUCCUUAUGCGAAUGGAAUAGACAUUAACUGUGGUUGCCCUCAGAGAUGGGCCAUAACAGAAGGAUAUGGGGCAUGUUUAAUAAAUAAGCCUGAACUUGUUCAAGAUAUGGUUAAACAAGUAAGAAGUCAAGUGGAAAACCCAAAUUUUUCAGUGUCCAUUAAAAUAAGGAUCCAUGAUGAUCUUACGAGAACUGUAGAUCUUUGUCGGAAAGCUGAAGCAACAGGAGUUUCCUGGAUUACAGUUCAUGGGAGAAAUAUUGAAGAAAGACAUCAACCAGUACACUAUGAUGCAAUUAAAAUAAUUAAAGAAAAUUUGUCUAUACCUAUAAUUGCUAAUGGAGACAUUAAAAGCUUAAAGGAAGCAGAAAAUGUUCAGGAAAUGACGGGGACAGACGGUAAGAAAUCAAUACCUAAAUUGGGGAAGAAGGACAUGACCCUGCAGUGGGCAGCAGUUGCGACCUUUCUCUAUGCCGAAAUAGGACUCAUUUUAGCCCUCUGCCUACCGUUCAUUCCUCCUCAGAGGUGGCAGAAGAUCUUUAUGUUCCCACUGUGGGGCAAAAUUGCAACUUACUGGAAUAAGGCAUUCCUUACAAUUAUCGUCCUGUUGAUUGUUCUGUUUCUUGAUGCUGUGAGAGAAGUGAAGAAGUAUUCUAUCAGUCACGGGCUUGAAAAGAGUUCAAGCAACAAUCCCAGUGCUUAUGAACAUGUACAGAUGAAACUUUUCAGGGCACAAAGGAAUCUUUAUAUUUCUGGAUUCUCCUUAUUUCUAUGGCUAGUAUUACGACGUCUGGUUACCCUCAUUACUCAGCUGUCCAAAGAGCUGGGAAUCAAGGGAGUGCUGAAAAUACAAGCAGACAGUAACAACGAUGCUGCCAAAAAAUAUAUGGAAGAGAACGAAAGGCUAAAACAGGUCUUGGAGAAAACUGGCAAGGGAGACGAACAGAAGUUAGAUGCAGAAAAUAAAAAUCUAGUGGAAAGUGUGGAAAAACUGAAAGCCGAGUUAAUGAAAACGUCAGACGCCCUUUCUAAGGUUCAGAAUGAAGCCGUCACAAUGAAGAAGCAAUCUGAGAGCCUUUCAAAGGAAUAUGACCGCCUUCUGAAAGAGCACACACAGCUUCAGGAAAUUUUAGCAAAGAGUGAAAAGAAAAAGGACCUCUGAAAGAAGAUUCGGAUGUAGCAGAUUGAUGCCAUCUAUAUCGAGGUGGUGAACUGGUUUAGCAAGUUUGGCCUCUAUGGCAUUGAAAAUGAAAUGAAAUGUUAAGGAAAAAGGCACUGUUCCUCACUAGCCAAUCAUAGCUCUUGAAUGCCAUAUAUGUAUCUUGUGUUGCAAUGUCGCUGUCAACAGUGUAUACUAUAUUUGGUUGUGUGUCAGGUCUACUGUGAAAUCUAUACUCUAGCUGCUGCAGAAAAAAAAAAGGCAUUUUAAGCACAAUCAUUACCUACAAAUAAAUACCACUGGUGUUCUGUAUUCCUUUUCUCUGACAAAAGAAAGGAAAACGUUAUCAGACAGGAGAAUUGAAGUUGUAGCGGCCCAGACUUGAAAACAUUGACAUUAUAUCAACGAAGACAAGGAUGCAUCUAACUAAAUUUUUACAAUUGUGACUUAGAAAAUGGCAUUAAGUUUCAGGAAAAUUUUUUUCACAAAGAGAAUAUAUUGAUCUUCCUCAGCCAGCAUGUUUUUAUAUGCCAAGGUUUGGGGAAAAAUCCAUAAAAAUAAGACGGAGGUUAUUUUUUCAAAUUGAUGUUACUGUGGGUCACAUUCACAACAUCAGCUGUAUAUUGAUGACUAUGUUUUGCUCAUUAGGUUUCUGCAUGAGCUUAGUUGUUUUUCUUAGUAAUUUCAGAGUUAUUAAAACAAUUAAUAAAAUGUUGGCUUCUUGAAGUC